AGAAAGUAAAAUAUUAAGCCUCUCUCAAAGCUCACGCCCAAUAUCUCUGCCAAACCUCGCCCUCGCUGGUGACACCCAUGCCAGUGACAGUCCUACGCCGGAGAAAGUCCGUCUGCCAACCUCCGUUAAACCCACCAAAUCUCAGCAAACAAUUCUCAACUGUUAACCCUUAAUUCGCACCAUAAACAACCAGCUCUUUCAAACAAUUCGAACCAUCCAAUAAGUUUAGGUUUUUUUCUCGAUUAAGAUCGGCUAACCCGUCAAGUUCCAUAGAUCCCUAAUUCAAGGGUUUUGCUCGAUUCUCAUAAAUUUCUGAUUUAUUUCGCAUGUUUUUUUUGUUUUUUUGGUUUUGCAAUUUCUCAACAAUUGAGCCCUAAUUCGCAGAUUUCAUUCCUCUUUGAAGAAGAAUUUGCCACUGGUAACUGUAGAAUAAAUAUCAUCUAGAAAUCAAGUGAUGAAGUUGUAAAAGAGUUGAAUCAGCCCAUUGGUCCAACUGAUGAAGUUGUAAGAGGGUUGGGUAGAUUUCUCGGCACAUUGGCAAGGAAUGGGAUAUUUUAUCCGCUUAAUAUAUUUAAUUGGAGGAAACUAGACACAAUAAAUGAUAUGUGGAAAUAUGUCAAGGCAAAAUAUAACAUCCCCGAGGAGGCGAAAACAUGGGUUUUUCGUUCUAUUCAGGUUGUUUGGUGAAAGUAUAAGAAUCAAUUGAAGAACGACCACUUUGAAGCCUAUGCCAAUGACGAGCUUCGAAUGGAGAAUAGGCCGGUAGAUGUUUCGGAAUCUCACUUUAAGGAUCUUCUUAACUAUUGGAACUCCGAUUCCCACAAAGAAAAAAAAGAAGGAAACUUCUGAUAAUCUAUCAAGAUGAAAUGGAGAAAAUACAAUCAACUCAGGAAAGUGAAGAUGACAGUCAAUCUGUAGACGCAUUUGUAUCAGUAAUGGGAGUCGAGCAUCCAGGUCGUGUAAGAUUGUAUGGACGUGGGGUUACCAAGACCGUCUUAAUAAGGAAAAUGGAAGAUUUUGUACCCUCAUUAAAUGCUACAGGGGACAGGAUGCAACAGAAAAUUGAGGAAAUGGAAGAGAGGAUGCAACAAAGGAUGUUGGAAAAAUUCAAUGCACACAAGGAUGCUUGGGAACAAAAAAUUACACUUAAUGUCGUUUCACAACUUCGACGUAUUAAUCCAGGAUUACAAAUUGAUCAUAACAUGCUGAAUUUUAGUACUCGUUCACCUGGAGAAGCUUCAUCUGCUCAACAAAACGCUAUUCAACUAAUCAAUCGCCUCUCUACUGAUAGUAACAAUAGAGGUGGAGAAAAUGGUGAAAGGGAAGAUGUAGACAUUGAAUAUCUACACCUAACUCAAGAAGAUUUUUGGAUUAUUGCUGGAAUUUUAGAUGUUUUAAGAAUAUUUUAUGCUAACUCUUGAAUUGUAAACGCUUAUGCAUGCACUUGGGUGGGUUUGAACAUUUUGCUUUGAUGGAUAUUAAUUACUAGUUG